UUCAUUCCUUUACUUAAGUGGGUGAGCCUAGAUAUCUCAAGUGAAGAUGGAAGAUAUAAUUGCAAACGUCGAAGAGAUCCGAUUUGGGAUCGAACACGCCCUGGAGACUCAGGUUGGGGCACAGCCACUCCCUUUCCCCGGAAUGGACAAAUCCACAUCAGCGGUGUGUACGUUCUAUGACCGGGGGAUGUGUAACAAGGGCCAGGCGUGUCCGUUCCGUCACCUGACCGGAGACCGCACCGUCGUCUGCAAGCACUGGCUUCGCGGCCUCUGCAAAAAGGGCGACCAGUGCGAAUUCCUCCACGAAUUUGACAUGACCAAAAUGCCUGAAUGCUAUUUUUACUCCAAGUUCAAUGCAUGUCACAACAAGGACUGUCCAUUUCUCCACAUUGACCCCGAGAGCAAAGUUAAGGACUGUCCAUGGUACGAUCGGGGAUUCUGUCGCCACGGACCCAACUGCCGGCACCGACACACUCGACGUGUUAUGUGUUUCAACUACCUCGCUGGAUUUUGUCCUGAUGGACCCAGCUGUAAAUACAAGCAUCCACGUUUUGAACUCCCGCUUGUGCCAGAUGAUCCAGCUCAGGCUCGAAUGAAGAAGCUUCUCUAUAAUUGUCACUAUUGUGGUGAGAGUGGCCAUAAGAUAUAUCAAUGCUUUAAGCUCCCUCCUGAGAUUCGUGAGGCUCAGACCAGAGCCUACAACGAGCUAAUGAACAAGUAUACCAAUAUGACAGAGCAACCAAAGGGACCAAGCAGACCAUUGGAGGAAGUUACCUGCUUUAAGUGCGGUGGGAAGGGGCAUUAUGCCAACAAGUGUCCCAAAGGUCAUCUUGCUUUCCUCAGCAGCGACUUACAGCGGAUGCAUGAACUCAACAAGGGUUGAACCUUGUGAAAAUUCACUCUACCUCUGUGAUCUCAUCUCCUGGAUGGACAUGAGCCCCAUGUCUUGGGUUUCCCCCAUUUUUUUAAUCUCUUUAUGUUUGUAGAGUUCUUGUCGGAAUGAAAUGUUGAUCUGUUUCAAGGCCUGUACAGUGGCCAUGAA